UGUUCUCUUCCACUUUUCAUCCGGGCUACCCGACAUUGUUUCGCUUGCCCCGUUCCUCCCGCGAACUUUUGCCAUCUCAACGGCUUUCAAAAUUUCAGCACACUGUUGCGUGCCGUAGAGGACUGUUAACUCACUCAGGAAUUUUAACGAGUGCUGUAUGUCUGCCGGUAUCCAGAACCUCAAAACUUUUGACCCCUUCGCCGAUGCCAUCCGGGGCGAUGAGCAGGGAGUGCAGGACGGACUAAUACACAUUCGAAUCCAGCAGCGAAACGGUCGUAAAACCCUCACUACUGUGCAGGGAAUCUCCGAUGACUAUGACAAGAAGAAAAUCGUGAGAGCCUGCAAAAAGGAAUUCGCCUGCAAUGGCACGGUGGUGGAGCACCCAGAGUAUGGAGAAGUCAUUCAGCUGCAAGGGGACCAACGCAACAACAUCUGCCAGUUCCUGACGCGCAUCGGCAUCGCCAAGCCAGAGCAGCUUAAAAUGCACGGCUUUUAAGAAAAGCGAAAAAAAAAAAAAAAAAAUGACGGCUGUGGAAAUCUGCCAAUAAAUGAAUGUCUUUCUUUUUUAGAGAACA